AGUCAACAUACAAGAAUAAAAACACCGAGGCGUGGAUCUAUACUAUAAUAACAAGCAAUCGGGUUCAUUUUAGCGAGAAGCCCUAAACAGUCCCCAGCGAAUCUAUUCUUGGCUCUGUUAAUCCCGCGUUACUUGCAAUCCAUCGCCCGCAUUAAUAUUCACAUGGUAUCUUUUAAUAUUGUUUAUUAUUAAAACGGUAGAAUCUGAUCCACGAUGUUGUAGUUCUUGUUGUGUCGUCACACCGGGCUUGGACUCAAUCUGAUCAAUGGAGACAAGCUGUAUCGUGGAAUUACGCGUCAGUGAUCCAGUGGUCCAAAAAAUAAAAGUUGAAUUUAGUACGUCAGAUGGAAUGGUAAGCGCGAAACGGUAGUGUUAGCGUUAAUGCUGACGGGAUAAUAAAAAAAGAACAUUAUAAAUAUAACGAAAUUAUUAUAUCAAAUUAUCGUAUUGACGAUAUUGACAAUACUAACUGAACUCUACUUGGAUUUGUAAUGAAAUGUUAUCAUGGGAUCUGCUGAAAAGUCGAGGUGUUCUUUUAAAACCAGUAUGAGGAAAACCAUUAAUACAAGCAUUUUCUUGGAGUUAUUAGUUUUGUCAGUAAUCCUCCUGACACCAUUUGCAGAAUCAUUGUCAACAAGAGACAUACGAUUGGUUCGCCGAGAACGGUCCGUCACUGGUAGAUCAAUCUCAUUUUGGGGGGCAUGGGGACCGUGGUCUGGCUGUUCACGAUCGUGUGGUGGCGGUGUAGCCUCUCAAGUUAGGCCAUGUCUACGAAGAAGACGCUCAGGGACCAUUGGGGUUGGUCAUCAUUGUGUUGGACUUUACAGGCAAUACAAGCAGUGCAAUACAAAGCCUUGUUCAUAUGGAAGCAAAGAUUUCCGAACGGAGCAAUGUGAAACCUACAAUAACAUACCAUUUAUGGGCAAAUUUUAUGAUUGGUAUGCAUUUGUAAAAGAGCCAAUGGUUUGUGAGUUAAAUUGCCGGGCAACUGGAUAUCGUUUCUAUGCUAAGCAUGCCGAUAAAGUUGUAGAUGGAACAGUUUGCAGACCGGGAUCCACGGACGUGUGUGUCAACGGGAUGUGCAAGGUAGGGACCAUCAAAGAUUAUUGUGGGUGUGGCCUGUUGUUGAUGCUUGUAAAGAGUAUUGCUUAUUGA